ACUUCGGAGUAGACGAGACCGAGACUCUAUGCCCAAUUGGAGUUCCGUGAGCGUCGAUCGUGCGGUCGGAUAACGGCUUUUCAAAUGGACACAUAAUAAUUUCUAAUUAAAUAACAUCAGCCAAGUGGAUUAAUAACAAUCGUGUUCUGUGUGUGUGUGAAUGUGGGGAGUAAAGACUCUUGAUUUAAGAUUGAAGUGAGAAGCAUAGAAACCCUGAGAUAAAGCGAAUCGCAUUAAACAACCGCAAAUAAUUGCAAAUUUGCAGGCAAACAAACAGAAAGGCAUAAAAUCCAAGUGAACGGUUCUUAAGCGCACUCUCCUUUUUGCCAACAAUCCAACAAGAAUACAGAAUAAAGAAUUAAGUGUGAAGGGGAACGACGAUCAUAAGAUCAUAACGGUUCGCAAACCCAAAUGCAGGCCGCAAAAUCAAUGCCGUAUGGAAGCUAAAAACACAACAAAAGUGAGCUGUGCUAAUAUUUUAAAUAACUAAGGAAUUAUAUCGCGGGUGAAUAUCGAUCCCAAGAUCGCCCAUCAACAGGGAAUAUUUGCUAUAUUUGUAAUAUUCGUAAUAUUCGUGACAUUCGAGAAGAGCAAACCACUCCGCUUCAAUGCAACUGCGAGUGCACCCUACUAUGGACUGUAGCGGUCGUUCAACCAGCAAUAUUGAACGCGAUUCCGAUCUGGGGGACGAUUUGUCACAUGGUGAUCGAACGGACGACGAGAUGCGCGACUGCGAUUCCGUGGAUGGAGAGCACCAUCAGCUGAGCGCCAAGGCGGCGAUUGCAGCCCGCUUAAGUCACACAGUUUCCGGCGGCGGAGGGAACUUCGCCAGUCCCGAACCACAGACCGAGUUGCCCCUGAGCCAUCACCAUCAACUGCCGCCAAAUCAUCCGCUCAACGCUCUGGGCAGCUUCAUGGGCAUCGGCGGUCUACACAGCAUUCCAAAUCUGCAGCACAGCGACGUGCUUGAGAAGCUCAAGAUGCAGGUGCGCGACAUGAAGGUGGGCCUGAUGGAACAGGAUUACGCGGCUGCAGCUCAUGCCGCGGCUUUCGGGGCCAAUAUGCUGCCCACGACAAUCAACUCGGGAUUCCCACUGCCCCACAAUUCGGUGGCUGCGGCGGCGGUGGCUGCCUCCUUUGGCCACGUGACCUCGGCGCCCAGUGGUGGAAAUGGGAGCAGCUACAACGGAGGCACCACCACCACCCCAAGCUCCAACCAGGCGGCCACCAAUGGAGGCGGCAACAGCAGUGGACCAGGAGGAACCGGAGGAUCUGGCGGAGGUGGCGGAGGAGGAGGAGCCAGUGCCCACCAGUUCUCGUUUGCAUCCCCCACAGCAGCGCCGAGCGGCAAAGAAGCCCGCCACUUUGCAGCCAAUUCCGCAUCCAACUCGUCGACGUCCAGCGAGGCCUCCAAUUCAUCGCAGCAGAAUAAUGGAUGGAGCUUUGAAGAGCAGUUCAAACAAGUCAGACAGCUCUAUGAAAUCAAUGAUGACCCCAAACGCAAAGAGUUCCUGGACGAUUUGUUCUCGUUUAUGCAAAAGCGCGGUACGCCGAUCAAUCGGCUGCCGAUUAUGGCCAAAUCGGUGCUGGAUCUCUACGAGCUGUACAAUCUGGUGAUAGCCCGCGGCGGCCUGGUGGAUGUUAUCAACAAGAAGCUGUGGCAGGAGAUCAUCAAGGGGCUGCAUCUGCCGUCGAGCAUCACCAGUGCCGCCUUCACCCUGCGCACCCAAUACAUGAAGUAUCUGUACCCGUACGAGUGCGAGAAGAAGAACCUCAGCACGCCGGCGGAGCUGCAGGCGGCCAUCGAUGGGAAUCGCCGGGAAGGACGUCGCUCCAGCUACGGGCAAUACGAGGCCAUGCACAGCCAGAUGCCAAUGACGCCCAUUUCGCGACCUUCCCUCCCCGGUGGCAUGCAACAAAUGUCGCCUCUGGCUCUGGUCACCCAUGCCGCGGUGGCCAACAAUCAGCAGGCUCAGGCUGCCGCCGCCGCUGCUGCAGCUCAUCAUCGCCUGAUGGGAGCUCCGGCCUUUGGCCAGAUGCCCAACUUGGUCAAACAGGAGAUCGAGAGCCGCAUGAUGGAGUAUCUGCAGCUGAUCCAGGCCAAGAAGGAGCAGGGCAUGCCACCUGUACUCGGUGGCAAUCAUCCCCACCAGCAACAGCAGCAGCAGCAACAUCAGCAGCAGCAACAUCAGCAACAGCAACAUCAGCAGCAGCAGCAGUCGCAGCAGCAACAUCUCCUGCAGCAGCAGCAGCGACAGCGGUCGCAGAGCCCGGAUUUGAGCAAGCACGAGGCACUCAGUGCUCAGGUGGCUCUGUGGCACAUGUACCACAACAACAACAGCCCACCGGGAUCGGCACACACCUCGCCGCAGCAACGCGAAGCCCUGAACCUCUCUGAUUCACCGCCAAAUCUCACAAACAUAAAAAGGGAGCGCGAACGGGAGCCCACGCCGGAGCCCGUGGACCAGGACGACCAGCCCCACCAGCCGCCUCCGGCCAAGCGCGUGGGCAGCGGCCUCCUGCCACCCGGCUUCCCCGCCAACUUCUACCUGAAUCCCCACAACAUGGCCGCCGUGGCAGCGGCAGCGGGAUUCCAUCACCCGUCCAUGGGCCACCAGCAGCAGGACGCCGCCUCCGAGGGCGAGCCGGAGGACGAUUACGCCCACGGGGAGCACAAUACCACCGGAAACUCCUCGUCCAUGCACGAUGACAGCGAGCCGCAGCAGAUGAACGGCCAUCAUCACCACCACCACCACCACCAGCUGGACAAAUCCGAUGACUCGGCCAUCGAGAACUCCCCGACAACCUCCUCCACCACCACCACCACUGGCGGUGGGUCGGUGGGUCAUCGCCACAGCUCACCCGUUUCCACCAAGAAGAAGGGCGGCGGUAAGCCCCAGAGCGCAGGAAAGGAUCUGCCGGCCGAGGACAAGGAUGCAGCCUCCACCGGCAAGCUCAAUCCCCUCGAGACGCUGAGCCUGCUGUCCGGCAUGCAGUUUCAAGUGGCAAGGAAUGGAACUGGCGAUAACGGCGAACCGCAGCUAAUUGUCAAUCUGGAGCUCAAUGGCGUCAAGUACUCGGGCGUGCUGGUGGCCAAUGUGCCGCUGUCCCAGGUGGAAACCAGGACGAGCUCACCCUGCCACCCAGCAGAGGCAGCCGCCAACCAGGAGGAGGAGGAGGAGCACGACGAGGAGGAGCCACCGAAGGCCGCUGAAGAGGAUUCGGAAUCCCAUCGAUCGCCAGUUAAGCAGGAGAACGAGGAUGCCGACCAGGACAUGGAGGGCAGCGAGGUCCUUGUGAACGGCGGUGGCUUGGAAGGGGGUGGUGUGGGUGGUGCUGCUGCUCUACCUGUGCCCCUGCUCAAGGACGCCGUGGUCAGCUAGAGAGGGGGCAGGAUAACAAAGACGAGAACGAGAUGGCGGCAAGCAAAGGAUAGGAAUACCAAAGUCAUAUUUUUCAGAAAAAUACAAAAGCAGUUCAACUCACACAAGCACACAGAUGCCGAACCCAAAUGUACAUACACACGCAGGCGGCAGGAGCACAGGAGGCCGAAGGAUGUGGCCAUUGUUGAUGUGGCCAGGACAAGAAAAGCGCAUUAGGCGCAUCGAUGUUCGCACAUACACACCUACAAUAUGCACCGUCCCCCUGAAAACGCCGCCAGUAGAGGAUCAUACGGAUAUAUAUAUGCUAAGAUAUAUAUAUUACUAGAUACAUGUGUGCUCUAUUUCCACAUUUGCAUAAAAGACAAGCCAGCGAGCGUGUAGUUAUCGAUAGCCAUUACUUACAUAAGCGAGUGCAUCACCUCGGAUGCAUGCGAAUACAACCACUAUACCCGUAUAUAUAUAUGAUAUAUGAAUUAGGUUACGAUUCCGACAAAACCCAUCUGUUUUUAGCGUGAAAUCUGUUUUAUCCCCCUACGAACUUCUCCCUUUUUGUGUUAGGCUGCAAGGCUUCUGUACAUAUCAAUCAAUAUACCUAGCUAGUAGACCAUAUACUAUAUAUUAUAUACUAUAUACUAUAUUAUCGGAACGUCUAGUUUGUAAGAACACAUUCAUACACACACCGCUAACAACCACACAUGCAUAUCCAUUAUGACCGCAUCGUAGACAUAUUUUAGACAUAAAAUCAACACAAGUAAUAAGCAUAAAUGUAUCUGUCGUAAAAUUAAAUUGCGCUUUUGGCACCCACA